AGCGGCAGGAAGCGAGGCUGCCCCGGGCGCCCGGGGUUCCCGCGGCCCCGCCUCCGCCCGCACCGAGCCCCGAGAGCGCGGGUCAUAGAAUGACAGAAUUACAGAGUAGUUAGGGUCCCCGCCAUCCCCCGCCUCCCCCGGGACCUCCUCCCGGUGCCCGGAGUCGGGGCUGCGCGCUUCGCACCACUCCAGAGCCACAGGACCUCGGAUAGACCUUGGAGGUCUUUUCCAGCCUCCUGCUGCUGCCCUGGGAUGUGGACAUCGGCGGGCGCUGGCGCCGGCAGCAGCGGCAGCUCCAGCACGGGCGAGGAGGAGAGGAUGAGGCGCCUCUUCCAGACUUGCGACGGCGACGGGGACGGCUUCAUCGGAAGGAAUGACUUGCUGAUGGUGUGUCGCCAGCUGAAUAUGGAGGAGUCUGUCAUGGAGAUAAUGCACCAGCUGGGAGCGGAUGAAAAUGGAAGAAUUUCCUUCCAGGAUUUUAGUCAGUGCCGAAUGGAACUGGUACGAGAAAUCAGGAAGGAGGAAGUGGAGCUUUCUGUGAUAUCGGAUGACUCUUGUAAAAAGAAAAAGUUAAGGGAUAGGAUAGCUUCCUGGCCAACUAGCAGCAAUAACAGUUUAGGUGCCUUAUCAGGAGCCAGAGAAAGCUGGGACUAUGAUUCAGGAGCAAGAGACCUUCAGAGUCCGGACCUCCAGAGUCAUUUUAUACCGCAGAAAGUGUUGGAGUGUGGUGGAAGCAAUGUGACUCAACAGACUGCUCUGCAGAGAAUUCUUGCUCAGGCUCCAAGUUUUAGCAGCUCUGCUGGAGGAAGCUACUUAGAACUUGCCAACACUCUUCAUUUAGCAGCCCUGGCUUCCUUAAAGGGAGACAUAGUGGAGCUUAAUAAACGUCUGCAACAAACAGAAAGAGAGCGUGACCUGUUGGAAAAGAAGUUGGCAAAAGCACAGUGUGAGCAAUCCCACCUGAUGAGAGAGCACGAAGACGUGCAGGAGCGAACAACACUACGCUACGAGGAACGUAUCACUGAGCUGCACAGUAUCAUUGCUGAAUUAAAUAAGAAAAUUGAUCGACUGCAGGGAACAACAAUAAGGGAGGAAGAUGAGUACUCAGAGCUGCGGUCUGAGCUCAGCCAAAGCCAGCAUGAGGUUAACGAAGACUCACGCAGCAUGGACCAAAAUUCUGUUUCGGUACCGGAGAAUCAGUCCACCAUGGUCACUGCAGAUGUGGAUAACUGUAGUGACUUGAAUUCAGAACUGCAAAGAGUGCUGACAGGUCUGGAAAAUGUUGUCUGCGGGAGGAAGAAGAGCAGCUGCAGUUUAUCCGUAGCAGAAGUGGACAGACAUAUUGAACAACUCACUACCGCCAGUGAACACUGUGAUUUAGCCAUUAAGACUGUAGAAGAGAUUGAAGGUGUGCUGGGACGUGACCUUUAUCCAAAUCUGUCUGAAGAGAGAUCUCGAUGGGAAAAGGAGCUGGCUGGCUUGCGGGAAGAGAAUGAGAGCCUCACGGCCAUGCUGUGUAGCAAGGAGGAGGAGCUGAACAGGACCAAGGCCACCAUGAAUGCUAUUCGUGAAGAAAGGGACAGAUUGCGUAGAAGGGUUCGGGAACUGCAAACCCGUUUGCAAAGCGUGCAGGCAAUGGGCCCGUCCAGCCCAAGUCGUCUCACUUCUGCCAAUCGACCUGUUAACCCCAGCACAGGAGAGCUGAGCACAAGCAGCAGCAGCAAUGACAUUCCUAUAGCCAAGAUUGCCGAGAGAGUGAAGUUGUCAAAGACAAGAUCAGAGUCGUCAUCGUCUGAUAGACCUGUCUUAGGAUCAGAAAUCAGCAGCAUAGGGGUGUCUAGUACUGUGGCUGAACAUUUGGCACAUUCCCUCCAAGACUGCUCAAACAUCCAGGAAAUCUUCCAGACUCUUUAUUCACAUGGAUCUGCUAUCUCUGAAAGUAAAAUCCGAGAAUUUGAAGUGGAGACAGAGAGAUUAAAUAGCCGUAUUGAGCACUUGAAAUCCCAGAAUGACUUGUUGACAAUAACACUGGAAGAGUGCAAGAGCAAUGCUGAGAGGAUGAGCAUGCUUGUUGGGAAGUACGAGUCCAACGCCACAGCCCUCAGGCUUGCUCUGCAGUACAGUGAACAAUGCAUAGAAGCAUAUGAGCUGCUGUUGGCCUUGGCAGAAAGUGAGCAGAGUCUCAUUCUGGGGCAGUUCAGAGCUGCAGGUGUUGGUUCUGUUGGGGACCAGACUGGUGAUGAAAACAUCACUCAGAUGCUUAAGAGAGCUCACGACUGCAGGAAGACAGCUGAGAAUGCAGCAAAAGCCUUGCUGAUGAAACUAGACGGGAGCUGCGGUGGAGCCUAUGCAGUCACUGGCUGCAGCGUGCAGCCCUGGGAAAGCCUCUCGUCCAACAGCCACACCAGCACCACCAGCUCAACUGCGAGCAGUUGUGAUACAGAAUUUACAAAGGAGGAUGAGCAGCGCCUGAAGGAUUACAUCCAGCAGUUGAAAAACGACAGGGCAGCAGUGAAACUGACAAUGCUGGAGCUGGAAAGCAUCCACAUUGAUCCCCUUAGUUAUGACGUUAAACCUCGUGGAGACAGCCAGAGGCUCGACCUGGAAAAUGCAGUCUUGAUGCAGGAACUUAUGGCAAUGAAGGAGGAGAUGGCAGAGCUCAAGGCACAGCUUUACCUGCUAGAGAAGGAGAAGAAGGCAUUGGAAUUGAAACUGAGCACUCGAGAGGCCCAGGAGCAGGCCUACCUUGUCCAUAUUGAGCACUUGAAGUCUGAAGUGGAAGAGCAAAAAGAGCAGAGAAUGAGGUCUCUCAGCUCAACCAGCAGUGGAAGCAAAGACAAACUGGGCAAGGAAUGCAGUGAUGGUACCGCAACACCCUUAACGCUGAGUGAGCUGAGACCAUACAGUGAGAGCGAACUGACUGCUGAACUGACAAAUGCACUCAGACGAGAGAAGAAACUGAAAGCCAGAGUGCAAGAGUUAGUGAGUGCUUUGGAGAGACUCACGAAGAGCAGUGAAAUCAGACAUCAACAAUCUGCAGAAUUCGUUAAUGACCUAAAAAGGGCGAACAGCAAUUUGGUAGCAGCUUAUGAAAAAGCGAAGAAAAAGCAUCAAAAUAAGCUGAAGAAACUGGAAUCGCAAAUGAUGGCCAUGGUGGAGAGACAUGAAACACAAGUAAGGAUGCUCAAACAAAGAAUAGCUUUACUAGAAGAGGAGAACUCUAGACCACACACCAAUGAAACUUCACUUUGAAUGCUUCUCUUUCAAAGAAAGAUGCUUAGUGCCAUUACAAAUUCCUUUCUUUUGGAGGUUGACUUUUAGGUAGCUUCAAACACUAAGAGCUCUGACUGUCAACGCUGACACACGUUAAGCACCUUCACUGGGAUCCCAGAGAGGUGCCAUGGGGAUACUACAAGCGUUAACCAAGGACUGUUUCAUAAUGUAAAAUGGCAGUGCCUGAAUUAUCACGCUAUAAUUAUGUACGUUGUCUGUUGUCAUUGUGUCUAUAUUCAUACGAGUAAGUUCUCUUCCAUUUUAUAUAUGUUCUGUAGGUGACAGUAUCACGUAGUAAAAUAAUUCACAUUAAGAGGUUUUAAUUUGGGCGGUUUGCAGGUAGUUGGAGAGUUUCCCCAGUCCCUCAGCUCUCUCUGCACACAGCUCUGCAUUGUACCCUCAAGACUUGCUGCUGAAGUUAAAUGGACUAAAUCGGCAGCUGCAGAGUGGGGAUAUAAUAGGCUGGAUUGCUUUUUGCACCAUACUCUGUCACUCAUAGUGGGGAUCAGGUAGGAAAACUGUUGAUUUGGGAAAAAAAAAACAACAAAAAACAAGAAACCGUAGUUGCAUCUCUGAAAAUUAUGAUAAUGGUGUAAUUCUUGGUUUGUGAGAGAACUGCAAAGGCCGUGAGUUUCACCAUAGCAGAUAGAUUGUCUGUGUCAAGGUUGGGUAAAAAAAAAAUUACAGGAAUCCUCCUGGUAUUUAUAUUGCAUGGUGUUUGCAAUUAUUUUGUGAAAGAGUUGGUGUUUCUUUUUAAUGCAUUAUAGCCAAGGAAUUUUUUUUUUUAAGGAGCUGGGUCAUUUUCGUCACAUGUAUAGUGCUUAUUACAGCUUUCUGUGAUCGAGAGGUAGAAUGCCUUCUCUUUGUAUUUGUUUUGACCAAAAAAAGGUACUUAUUAGGAACGUACCUGCUUAAUAUUGAAUACAUAGGCACAAAACUAUAAAUGUGUAGAUGUAUGGAUAUACAGCCACAAACAGAAUGUGAAUGGUGAAGUCUUUAUACAACUUCCUAGGUUAAUUUUUGUCCCUCCUAACAUUCUCUUCUUUUGUUUAAGUCACAUCACAUUACUACGUGUUCAAAGGGACUGAUUUGAAAAUGUUGGCCUAUUAUGGUAGUGAACAUUAAGCAAAGCACGACAAUCAGGUUGAUUUCUCCAGGGAGCAAAAUACCAGAGUCUGCUGUAGCACCCAUUUCAUUCAGAAUUUGCCUCUUUUUGACCAAGUACAUGAAACAGCCUCCAGGUUCGUUUUAGCAAUGGUAGUCCAUUAAAUUCAUUACCUUGCUUGAGUGUUACACCUCUACUUUAUAUUUUUUCAUGCUCCGUUUUCUCCCCUGAAUCUGAUUUCACUUAUCUACCCUUCUUGCUUUAUGCAUUGAUUUAGAUUUAUGGCAACUUCUCUGAUUUAUUCCUCCAGUUUCCAGUACUAGGAAAGUACUUUUAGAGGACUUCAAGUGUUUUCAUCUACUCCUAAGUUAGGCCAGGCAGCCAAACAGUUGUGAGAAUUUGUGUUCAGAAUAUGGCAUUAGUGGUAGGUGUUGGUUACACCUGAAACCGUCGCAGCUGGUGUUCAUGACCUCUCUUACAGUAGGUGCUGCUUUCUUCUUUCCUUGGGGCAGUAACUCGUACCUCUGGAGUCUGAUGCAUCAGCUACAAAGCCAACAUCAGCAGUGACUGACUGGAAUAGCAAGUUAAAACAAUGCCCAUUUCAAAAUUAAGUUGUGGGUAGGUAGCGAUGCCAGGGGAUCGGUUUGGGUCAGCUAUCUUUCUCAAGAUUCUUGAUUCAGAAUGUGGAUGGAAUGUUUCACAAACCAGGCUGUAGAGGGAUCAGGAACAUUGAUAUCUUGCUGUCUUUAUGGUUUCGCUAUGAAUUGAUCAUCUAUGGUGUUCCCCUUUGUUGGGCAACAAGUUUCUCACCAACGGGAACACGGGGGUUUGCCAUAUGCUUCAGCCGUAGCCAAUCACACUUGUGUCUGAAGAAACAAAACAAAAUGACCCACUGUGUACCAUGGCAAAAUGCAGCUGCAGGUCUGUCUUACUGCACCUGGAACACCCACGUACCUUGAGGCCAUCUCAGCUCUCAAUGUGAAAGAUCUUUCACUUAAGGCCAAUAGAAACCAGGGCUGCAUUGGAUUUCCUCUUAGGCUCAGGGGUUUUUUUCCUAUUUCUUGGUCCUAGAGCAGCUGUUUAACAUAAUGCAAUGAAUCUUAAAGCAUUUUAAUUGAAAC